CCUCGUUGCGUCUCGCGAUAGCCACGGAGCCGACUGCCGAGGAAGCGUGGGUUUCCAUUGAGAUCUUGUACCUUGGGUCCAGAAAAGUUUCCCUGAAAUGACGGAACGAAAAGGAACUGCUAAGCUCGACUACCUGAGGAAGAUAGAGGUGGAGAUUCAGGAAAAAUGGGAGAAGGAGAAAACAUUUGAAAGUAAUGCACCCACAACACUUGGGGAAAGCAAAGAGAAGAAGAAAUAUUUUGUCACCUUUCCGUACCCUUACAUGAAUGGGAGAUUGCAUCUUGGACACACAUUCUGUCUCUCCAAGUGUGAGUUUGGUGUUGGAUACCAGCGCUUGAAAGGAAAACAAUGCCUGUUCCCCUUCGGACUGCAUUGCACUGGCAUGCCUAUCAAGGCAUGUGCAGACAAGCUGAAGAGAGAGAUGGAGCUGUACGGAUAUCCACCCCAGUUCCCAGAUGAGGAGGAGGAAGAGGAGGAGAAACCCAAAUUUGCAGACGAAAUCAUCAUCAAAGACAAAUCCAAAGGAAAAAAGAGCAAAGCGGUAGCCAAGGCCGGCAGCUCCAAGUUCCAGUGGGACAUCAUGAAGUCUCUGGGCCUUCGGGAUGAGGAGAUCCUCAAGUUUGCAGACGCGGAGCACUGGCUGGAGUACUUCCCUCCUCUUGCUGUGAAGGACCUGAAGAAAAUGGGUGUUAAGGUGGACUGGCGUCGUUCCUUCAUCACAACGGACGUCAACCCCUUCUAUGACUCCUUUGUGCGGUGGCACUUCAAUACUCUGAAGGAGAGGAAGAAGAUCAAGUUUGGGAAGAGGUACACCAUCUACUCGCCCAAAGAUGGCCAGCCUUGUAUGGACCACGACAGGCAGACUGGCGAGGGAGUGGGACCACAGGAGUACACACUGAUCAAGAUGAAACUGGUGGAUCCUCUACCUGCUAAACUCAGUGCUCUGAAAGGCAAGAAGAUCUUCCUGGUGGCGGCGACCCUGCGUCCGGAGACCAUGUUUGGCCAGACCAACUGCUGGGUGCGUCCGGACAUGCGCUACGUGGCCUUCGAGAUGGCCAACGGCGAGGUGUUCAUCUCCACGCGCCGCUCCGCCCGCAACAUGUCCUACCAGGGCUUCACCAAGGACAACGGCGUGGUGCCCGUCAUCAUGGAACUGCUAGGCCAGGACAUUCUGGGUUGUGCUCUCAGUGCCCCCCUCACAUCCUACAAGGUCAUCUACGCUCUCCCCAUGCUCACCAUCAAAGAGGACAAAGGCACGGGCAUUGUCACCAGCGUUCCCUCCGAUGCUCCUGAUGACAUCGCUGCCCUGAGGGACAUCAAAAAGAAACAGGCUUUGAGAGAAAAGUAUGGAAUUGAAGAUAGUAUGGUCUUGCCUUUUGAACCGGUUCCCAUCAUUGAGAUCCCUGGCUAUGGGAACCUGUCUGCUCCGCUGGUCUGCGACGAGCUGAAGAUCCAGAGUCAGAACGACAGGGAGAAGCUUGCUGAGGCCAAGGAGAAGGUCUACCUCAAGGGCUUCUACGAGGGGAUCAUGCUGGUGGAGGGCUACAAGGGCCAGAAGGUGCAGGACGUGAAGAAGCCGAUCCAGAGGAUGAUGGUGGACAAGGGUGAGGCCUUGAUCUACAUGGAGCCAGAGAAGCAGGUCAUGUCCCGAUCAGCGGACGAGUGUGUGGUGGCACUCUGCGACCAGUGGUAUCUUGAUUAUGGUGAUGCGGAAUGGAAGCAGCAGGCUAUGGACUGCCUGAAGCCAAUGGAGACGUUCUGUGAGGAGACAAGGAAGAACUUUGAGGCAACGCUUGCCUGGCUUCAGGAACACGCCUGCUCUCGCACCUACGGUCUCGGUACGCGGUUGCCAUGGGACGAGCAGUGGCUGAUCGAGUCUCUGUCGGACUCCACCAUCUACAUGGCGUACUACACCGUGGCCCACUUCCUCCAGGGAGGCACCCUCAACGGCCAGGGGCCCUCCCCCCUGGGCAUCAGGCCUGAGCAAAUGACCAGGGAGGUGUGGGACUUCAUCUUCUUCAAGAGCUCGCCACUCCCCAAGACGGACAUCCCCAAGGAGCACCUCCAGAGGCUGAAGAGGGAGUUUGAGUACUGGUACCCGGUGGACGUGCGCGUCUCCGGGAAGGACCUGGUGCCCAACCACCUCUCCUACUACCUCUACAACCACGUAGCCAUGUGGCCGAACGACAGUGUGAAGUGGCCCCAGGCUGUACGAGCAAAUGGCCACCUUCUUCUGAACUCCGAGAAGAUGUCCAAGUCAACGGGAAACUUCCUUACACUGAGUCAGGCGAUCAACAAGUUCUCAGCAGACGGCAUGAGGAUGGCACUGGCGGAUGCAGGCGACACGGUGGAGGAUGCCAACUUCGUGGAGGCCAUGGCGGACGCGGGCAUCCUGCGCCUCUACACCUGGGUGGAGUGGGUCAAGGAGAUGAUUGCCAACCAGAACAACCUGCGCCUCGGCCCCGCAGACUCCUUCAACGACCGCGUCUUUGCCAGUGAGAUGAAUGCUGGCAUCCUGCGUACAGAGCAGCACUACGAGAGGAUGAUGUACAAGGAGGCCCUCAAGUCCGGCUUCUUCGAGUUCCAGGCUGCCAAAGAUAAGUACAGGGAGCUGGCCAUCGAGGGCAUGCAUCGGGACCUCGUCUUCCUCUUCAUCGAGAGGCAGACCCUGCUACUGGCACCCAUCUGCCCACACCUGUGUGAAUACACCUGGUCACUACUGGGAAAGCCCACAUCCUUGAUGAAGGCUUCUUGGCCCGUGGCCGGCCCAGUCGAUGAGGUUCUGGUCCGAUCCUCCCAGUAUUUGAUGGAGACCGCUCACGACCUGCGUCUUCGCCUCAAAGCAUACCUCCUGCCACCCAAGAGCAAGAAGGGAGACUCCAAGCCGCCAGCGAAGCCCUCCCACUGCACAGUGUACGUGGCCAAGAGCUAUCCUGCAUGGCAGCACAGCGCCCUCUCCCUGCUGGGCAAGCAUUACAAGGCCAACAACGGGACUCUGCCCGACAACAAGGUGAUAGCGGGUGAGCUGGGGGCCAUGCCAGAGCUGAAGAAGUACAUGAAGAGGGUCAUGCCUUUCGUCGCCAUGAUCAAGGAAAACCUGGAGAAGAGCGGCCCUCGUGUGCUGGACCUGGAGCUGGAGUUUGAUGAGCGAGCAGUGCUGCUGGAGAACAUUGUGUACCUGACCAACUCACUGGAGCUGGAUCAGAUAGACGUUGUGUUUGCCUCUGAAGCAGACGACAAAAUAAAGGAGGACUGUUGCCCGGGGAAACCCUUCAGCGUCUUCAGAUCUGAGCCGGGCGUGGCGGUGUCCUUGGUGAACCCGCAGCCUGCCAACGGGCUCUUCACCACCCGCGUGGACAUCCGCCAGGGGGACACACGAGACAGCAUCAUCCGACGUCUCGCCAAGGUCAACCGCUUCAUCAAAGACAUGUCCAAGGUGAAGCUGAUGAGGUAUGAGGACCCUGUGCUGGGCCCGCGCCGGGUGCCCGUGCUGGGCCGCGAGGAGCAGGGCAAGCUCCCCGUCUCCGACAAGUCCACCUUCCACAUCAGCCUGGACGACAAGAAGGUCCACAUGACCGAUAACGGGCUCCGGGUGGACAUCGGAGACACGCUGGUGUACCUGGUGCUGUGAGGGAUGGUGGGAAAAAAAUCAAAACGAGAUAGAGAAGGAGAGACUAUUUAGCAGGGGUCUGCUGUAGUAUUGGAUGGGACUGUAGUCUGCAUUGCAUAUGUGAGUAUCUUAGUUGGUUGCAAUGCAGUGUAACAUUGACCGCCAACUAAGUUGCUAAUUUGGCUAGCAACGACACCUUCAUGAAAUGCACCCCUGGACUGGACAAGUUGCAGCAGCAACAACACCACGGCCACCAUCACAAGGGACUCUUUUAACAUCUGAUUUUGUAACAGUGUGCUAAAUGGAGCUUUUUUUUGUUCCUUUUUCGUUGUCUUUCCUGUCUGUUUACUUUCUUUCUUUCUUUCUGUUGGUUAAUUUGUUUGUUGAACUGACUGGGAUGGGGGAAAUAGGAAUCCAUUACGUCAUUGGCAGAGAAGCUUCACUGGCUUUAGUAUGGAAAUGAAUGGUGUCCAUGUAGUUUGAUAAGUCUUGAGAAGUGCAGUGCUUUCCACACAGCUGUGCUUAUAUAGGGGCCACGCUGUCAAGGAGUAACCACCAACACAACUCUUCUUUCCCUUUUUUACUUUUUUGUUAUUGUUUUUUUUUUUUCAAGCUCAAUUGUACAAUUUGUAUGUCUGACCCAACAUAAAAUAAAUAAAUCGAUAAAUAAAUCAAAAUGAA